GCCGCCGUCGUCCCCACCCCGUCCCCGCCCGCCUGGAGCUGUCGGAGGUUGACAGGUCGUGGCUGGGAGGCGGCGGCGGCGGCACCUCCGAGCACCCAAGACGGAGGCCCCAUGGGGAACGCUCCGAGUAACAGCAGCGAAGACGAAGCGGCGGCCGCCGGGGCUGAGGGCUGGAGCCCACAUCAGGACUGGGCUGCCGACUCCGGCACGACCCCCGGUCCCGGCCCUGCGGCCGCGGCGCUGCCGCCUGCUGCUGCUCUGCUGGAGCCCGCCCGGCUGCGAGAGGCUGCGGCUGCGUUGCGGCCCGCACCUCCCUGCGAAUCCCUGGUGUCGAGGCACCACGGCGCGCUAUUGCGCUGGCUGGAAGAGCGGCUGGGCCGCGGUGAAGAAUCUGUCACCCUGGAGCAGUUCCGGGAGUUGCUGGAGGCUCGCGGCGCUGGCUGUUCCGGCGAGCAGUUUGAGGAGGCCUUUGCCCAGUUUGAUGCUGAGGGUGAUGGGACAGUUGACGCUGAGAAUAUGUUGGAAGCCCUCAAGAACUCCAGUGGAGCCAAUCUGCAAGGGGAACUGAGCCAUGUCAUCAGACAACUACAAGCCUGCUCUCUUGUUCCAGGUUUCAUCGACAUAUUUUCAGAGUCAAAGGAGGGCCUUGGCACUCACUCAUCAAUGAUAUUGCGCUUCCUGCAUCGCAAUCGGAUCUCGAGUAUGGUGAUUCCCUACCCAAUGUUAGACCACUGCAAUAACAUGUGCACCAUGCGGUCAUCAGUUCUGAAGGAGUCUCUGGAUCAACUGGUACAGAAAGAAAAAGAAAGCCCUGGAGACCUAGCCAGAAGCCCGGAAAUGGAUAAACUCAAGUCGGUAACAAAGUGCUAUGCUUAUAUAGAAACAUCCUCCAACCCUGCAGACAUCUACAGGAUGACAAAUGGAGAAACAUCAUCCUACUGGCAGUCAGAUGGUAGUGCCCGCUCACACUGGAUACGUUUGAAGAUGAAGCCAGAUGUCGUGCUCAGGCAUCUUUCCAUUGCAGUGGCUGCCACCGACCAGAGCUACAUGCCACAGCAAGUGACAGUGGCAGUGGGAAGGAGUGCCAGUGAUCUGCAGGAAGUACGAGACGUGCACAUCCCCAGCAAUGUCACUGGCUACGUGACACUGCUAGAAAAUGCCAACAUCAGUCAGCUCUAUGUCCAGAUAAACAUAAAGCGUUGUCUUAGUGAUGGAUGUGACACUAGGAUUCAUGGUCUGAGGGCUGUUGGCUUUCAGAGAGUUAAGAAAUCUGGAGUCUCAGUCUCUGAUGCCUCUGCAAUAUGGUACUGGUCUCUGCUGACAUCCCUGGUGACAGCUUCUAUGGAGACAAAUCCUGCCUUCGUCCAGACCGUGCUGCACAAUACUCAGAAGGCACUGCAGCACAUGCCACCACUGUCCCUCUCACCAGGAUCUACAGACUUCUCAACUUUCCUGUCUCCUAAUGUUCUGGAAGAAGUGGACAGCUUCCUCGUAAGGAUAACUAGCUGCUGUUCUACUCCAGAGGUAGAAUUGACUCUUCUGGCUUUUGCACUAGCAAGAGGAAGUAUUGCCAAAGUGAUGAGCUCUCUGUGUACCAUCACUGACCACUUGGACACACGCUAUGAUGCCUCAUCUCUCAUCUCAUCCAUGGCAUCUGUCAGGCAGAACCUGCUCCUGAAAUAUGGUAAACCUCUCCAGUUGACUCUUCAGGCUUGUGAUGUCAAAGGGAAAGAAGAUAAGUCAGGACCUGAAAACCUCCUUGUGGAGCCAUGGACAAGAGAUGGUUUUCUUACAGAGACUGGAAAAACCAGAGCAAGUACUAUUUUUUCUGCAGGAACUGAGUCUGCCUUUCAAGUCACACAGAUCAGAAUUAUGGUUCGCCGUGGUGGCAUUGGUGCCCAGUGUGGGCUAGUAUUUGCUUAUAACUCACCUUCUGAGAAGUUCCAUGCAGAAGAACACUUCAAACGGUUUGAAAAAUAUGACAAAUGGAAGCUCCAGGAACUGAGACAGUUUGUAAAAAGCAGAAUUGGUUGCUCAUCUGAUGACCUUGGAGAGGAUGAUCCCAUUGGCUGGUUUGAGCUGGAAGAAGAGUGGGACGAAGCUGAUGUCAAGUUACAACAGUGCAGAGUUGCCAAAUACUUGAUGGUGAAGUUCCUCUGCACACGCCAGGAGUCAGCAGAACGUUUGGGUGUACAAGGCUUGAGUAUCAGUGGGUACCUCCGGCCUGCAAGGGCAGAAGCUGAACAAAGUAUCCUCUAUGCCCAUUGCAGAAAGGACACAGAGAAUAUCUAUGGGGCCACCCUGCUCCUCAGGACUCUGCAAUUCAUACAGCAGCUCGCCCAAGACCUGGUGCAGCAGAAGGAAAGUGGCUUAAAAUAUAAGUCUUUCCUGGACUUCACGGGUCUUGAUUUGCAGAUCUUCUGGAAUUUUUACAGUAAAUUAAAGCAAAACCCAAGAGAAGAAUGCAUCUGUGCACAGACCCUGCUGCUGCAGCUUCUGCAGAGCUGCUUCUCAGUGCUGCAGAGUGACCCACCAGCUGCCUCUGAGGAGGAGAAACCUGCAGCACAGUGCCCUGAGGGAAUGCAGGCUGCCAAGGAGCUCUACACACACUUAUGUGAUGUGGUAGAUAGAGCUGAUGGAGAUUCUGUGCCCAUGGAGAUCCUAAAGCAAGAAGUCAGGAACACCCUUCUCAAUGGGGCUGCCAUUUUCUUUCCUGAUCGUCAGACCCGGCGGAACCAGCUCUUCACCAUGAUGAAGAAUGUCACUGAGCACGAACACAAGCAAUCUCUGCAACUCACUUUCCGUUCACUCUGCACAUAUUUUAGUGAUAGGGAUCCAGGAGGUCUUCUACUUUUACCUGAGAAAAGUGACCUGGCCAGCAUAAACACCAGUGAAGUCCUGGCAGUCAUGAACACCCUCCUGUCUGUUGCUGCUCGAGAGUGUGAGUUGUUGAUGCUCAGCCGGGCCCAUGGGGAGGUUGGCUCUGUGCUCUUCUCCCUGUUCUGGUCUGUGCAAGGCAGCCUGCUCUCCUGGUGCUUCCUGCAGCUCAAGAGCACGGACACUGCAGCCAAAGAGCUCGCCACGGAUCUUAUUGAAAAAUAUGUGGGACAGUUUCUGGCAAGCACAAGAGUGAUUUUAGAAUCCCUUUUGUCACAGUAUAGUGGAAAAACCAUAGUAGAAAAAUUAUGUAAUUCAGUGUUUUCCAUGGCAGCUCGUCAAUUGGUCAUCUUCCUGCUAGACUUCUGCAAUUUAGAUGUUUCUCACUGCACACUCCUGAGAGAGUUCAGCACCCUCACAGAGCUGUUGAAGAAGCUUUGCAGUGACCCUGAAGGAGGCCUGAGCAAGAUGGACGUAGAGACCUGGCAGCAGGAACAGCCUGUGGUAUUGCAUACAUGGAUCAAGGAAUCCACCCACAACUAUGAAAAUAACUGCCAUGAAGUGUCUGUCUUUGUUAGUCCAGGGGCAACUUAUUUUGAGGUGGAAUUUGAUGAGAGGUGUGAGACUGAGAAAAGGUACGAUUAUUUGGAAUUUACUGACUCUAGAGGUGGGAAGACACGCUAUGACACCAAAGUUGGCACUUAUAAAUGGCCCAAGAAAGUGACCUUUAAGGAUGGUCCUCGGCUGCAGUUCCUCUUUCAUUCUGACAGCAGUAACAAUGAGUGGGGAUACAAGUUCACUGUCACUGCAUAUGGCCUGCCUGAUGUUGCUGUGUCGUGGGGUUUGGAUUUGCAACUCCUUGUCUCCCGACUGAUGGGGCGACUUGCUUCCCAGUGCAUGGCGCUUAAGUCAGCGCAUCAUUUAGGCAGUAACAUGGCAGUAUCACAGGCAAAAUUGGCUUCAGUCCUGAAUUCUCCUUUAUGGAAACCUGUCUUCAGGCAUCAGAUUUCUCCAGAGUUAGAAUUAGAAGCAAACUGGCCCACUCACCAGCACCAGGAUGGGAAGAAGGUCAAGAACAUCCCUGAUGAUCCCUGCCGCCAUUUUCUCCUUGAUUUUGCCCAGUCAGAGCCUGCUCAGAACUUCUGUGGGCCAUAUUCAGAACUUUUCAAAGGAUUCAUACAGGCAUGUAGAAAACAGGCCCCAAAGACAGAUAUAGUUGCUGGUUCCACUAUUGAUCAAGCUGUGAACGCCACCUUUGCUGCUCUGGUGUAUCGCACUCCAGAUUUAUAUGAGAAGCUGCAAAAAUAUGUAAACAGCGGGGGCAAGAUAACCCUGAGUGAGGAGUUCUCUCAGGUGUAUUCCCUGGCAGAUGGGAUUCGAAUAUGGAUGUUAGAGAUGAAGCAGAAGUCCCUGGUGAGCCUGGGAAGUGAGGCAGAAGAAUAACGUGGUUUGGAAGCAGCAGAGGUGAACCCAGAGAGCCUGGCAAAAGAAUGCAUUCAGAAAAGUCUUUUAUUACUGAAAUUUUUGCCCACAAGCAAAAGUUCAAAAGAAAACUGUGACAAAUUGGUGCCUGUUGAUGAAACUGAUCAUCUCCAGCCACUUGACAGGCGCCAGAGGACAAGCUCUGUGGUGGAAGAGCAUUUCCAGGCUUCAGCAUCCCCUACAGAAGCUGCAGCCUCGACUACAGGUGGUGACAAGAGUCCUGGCUUGGAGAUCCAGCCAAAGCUACCACCAAGCAGUGGCCCCUCUGCUACAGAAGUGUCCACAGCUGAAGAGCCCUCAUCGCCAUCCACACCCACCCGGCGGCCUGCCUUCACCCGAGGGCGACUUCGGCUGCUCUCUUUCAGAUCCAUGGAGGAGACCAGGCCAGUCCCCACAGUCAAAGAGAAAUACCCUGUGCUGAAGGAUGUCAUGGACUUCAUAAAAGAUCAGUCACUCUCACAUGAGAGUGUUGUGAAGGUUCUUUCUUUGCGGAAAGCCCAAGCACAGAGCAUCCUUGAAGUCCUGAGGAUAAUUCAGUAUUGUACAGAAUCCCUUGGACAGCCUCACUGCUUCCAUCCACCGUAUAUACUUUUCCUACUGGAACUUCUGACCUGCCAGAAAGAUUUUACAAAUUACUUUGGACACUUGGAAGGCUGCGGUGCUGAUCUACACAAAGAAAUCCGAGACACCUACUAUCAACUUGUUCUGUUUUUGGUUAAAGCAAUUAAAGGAUUUAAUAGCAUAAACGACAGGUCUCUGCUCCCUGCUUUAUCCUGUGUUCAGACAGCCCUGCUUCAUCUUUUGGAUAUGGGCUGGGAACCCAGUGAUCUUGCCUUCUUUGUUGACAUUCAGUUACCAGAUCUUCUCAUGAACAUGUCACAAGAAAAUAUCAGUGUCCAUGACAGUGUGAUCAGCCAGUGGAGUGAAGAAGAUGAGCUCGCUGAUGCCAAGCAGAACUCGGAGUGGAUGGAUGAGUGUCAGGAUGGCAUGUUUGAAGCCUGGUAUGAAAAAAUAGCUCAAGAGGAUCCAGAGAAGCAGAGGAAAAUGCACAUGUUUAUUGCUCGCUACUGUGACCUGUUAAAUGUGGACAUCUCUUGUGAUGGGUGUGAUGAGAUUGCCCCCUGGCAUCGCUACCGAUGUUUGCAAUGCAGUGACAUGGACCUUUGCAAGACUUGUUUCCUUGGUGGAGUGAAGCCUGAGGGCCAUGGAGAUGAUCAUGAAAUGGUCAACAUGGAGUUCACCUGUGACCACUGCCAGGGUUUGAUCAUAGGCCGGAGAAUGAAUUGCAAUGUGUGUGAUGACUUUGAUCUUUGCUAUGGAUGCUAUGCAGCAAAAAAAUACUCCUAUGGCCACUUGCCAACCCACAGCAUCACAGCCCACCCAAUGGUGACCAUCCGGAUCAGUGACCGGCAGAGGCUCAUCCAGCCCUAUAUUCACAACUACUCCUGGUUGCUCUUUGCUGCCCUGGCUCUCUAUAGUGCCCACCUGACCAGCACAGAGCACGAGGAUGGGGAGCAGCUGGACCCCCGGGCCCGCAGCAACGCUGCUUCCCUGCGGAGCCAGUGCAUGCAGCUGGUUGGGGACUGUCUGAUGAAGGCCCACCAGGGCAAAGGUCUUAAAGCUCUAGCUCUUCUUGGUGUAUUGCCAGAUGGUGACUCUACCUCAAAAAAUCAAGCCCUGCCAGGAAUAAUGUCCAUCCAAACCUCAGAGGACCAACUAGAGAAGACAAAAGUUCAGCUUGCUGAGGAGCCAGCAGAUGCGAGCUUGUUAGUGCCCUGCAGUGGAAAGAGAGCUGCAGAUAAAGAAGUCAGACCUUUGGAUUAUAAGCAGAGGAAAACGGCAGGUGAAAGUCUCACCUUAAUGAAGGACCCUUUGUACCAAACCCAAACUUCUGAUGCACCUGCAAAUGCUCACAUGCCUCCAGGACCUCCAGAUGCUGAACGUCCAGAAGUGUCAUCUCAGACAGCAGAAGAGAAGGCAGUUACUCCAAACCCUGAGCAGGUGUUUGCAGAAUGUUCCCAGAAGAGGAUUUUAGGAUUGCUAGCAGCCAUGUUACCUCCCAUCAAGUCGGGUCCCACAGUCCCCCUGAUAGACCUGGAACACGUCCUCCCACUCAUGUUUCAGGUUGUCAUCUCCAACGCAGGCCACCUGAAUGAAACCUACCACCUUACCCUGGGUCUUCUGGGCCAGUUAAUUGUCCGUCUUUUGCCAGCAGAGGUGGACACUGCAGUCAUCAAGGUCCUUUCAGCCAAACACAACCUGUUCGCUGCAGCAGACAAUGGCUUUGUGCCAGAUGGCUGGAAGACCACUCACCUGCUCUUCAGCCUGGGCGCUGUCUGCCUGGACAGCCGAGUGGGUUUGGACUGGGCCUGCUCCAUGGCAGAGAUCCUUCGGUCACUCAACAGUGCCCCAUUGUGGCGAGAUGUCAUUGCUACCUUUACAGACCACUGCAUCAAGCAGCUUCCUUUCCAGCUGAAGCACACCAACAUCUUUACCCUGCUGGUGCUUGUCGGCUUCCCCCAGGUCCUCUGUGUGGGAACCCGCUGUGUUUAUAUGGAUAACGCCAAUGAACCCCAUAAUGUGAUCAUCUUGAAGCACUUCACUGAGAAGAAUAGAGCUGUGAUUGUCGAUGUGAAAACCAGGAAAAGGAAAACAGUGAAGGACUACCAACUGGUCCAGAAGGGAGGAGGACAAGAGUGUGGCACCUCUCAGGCCCAGCUGAGCCAGUACUCCCAACACUUUGCCUUUAUUGCCAGUCACCUUCUGCAAACCAGCAUGGACAGCCAUUGUCCCGAGGCAGUGGAAGCAACUUGGGUCCUAUCCUUGGCCCUCAAAGGUUUAUAUAAAACACUAAAGGCUCACGGUUUUGAGGAGACCCAUGCCACCUUCCUCCAGACUGACCUGCUGAAGCUGCUGGUGAAGAAAUGCAGCAAAGGAACCGGCUUCAGUAAGACCUGGCUCCUCCGCGACCUGGAGAUUCUGUCGAUCAUGCUGUACUCCUCAAAAAAGGAGAUCAACUCUUUGACUGAACAUGGAGACUUGGAGCUGGAUGAGCGAGGGGACCAGGAGGAAGAAAUGGACCGGCCAGUUAGUAGCCCUGGAGAACCAGAACAGAAAAAGCUAGACCCUCUUGAAAGCUUGGAUGAACCCACCAGAAUUUGCUUCUUGAUGGCUCAUGAUGCCCUCAAUGCUCCUCUGCACAUUCUCCGGGCCAUAUAUGAAUUGCAGAUGAAAAAGACCGAUUCUUUCUUCCUAGAAGUUCAGAAAAGGUUUGAUGGAGAUGAGCUCACCACCGAUGAGAGAAUUCGCUCUCUGGCACAGAGGUGGCAGCCUAGUAGGAGUCUGAGACUGGAGGAACAGAGCGCCAAAGCUGUGGACACAGACAUGAUUAUCUUGCCAUGUUUGUCCCGGCCUGUGCGUACUGACCAAGCCACUGCUGAAUCGAACCCUGUGACCCAGAAGCUGAUUUCCAGCACAGAGAGUGAGCUGCAGCAGAGCUACGCCAAGCAGCGCCGGAGCAAGAGUGCUGCCCUCCUGCACAAGGAACUGAACUGCAAGAGCAAGAGGGCUGUCCGCGACUACCUCUUCCGUGUGAACGAGGCCACAGCAGUCCUUUAUGCUCGCCAUGUGCUCGCCUCCCUGCUGGCCGAGUGGCCAGGGCAUGUGCCAGUGAGUGAGGACAUCCUAGAGCUCAGUGGCCCUGCACAUAUGACCUACAUUUUGGAUAUGUUCAUGCAGCUGGAAGAAAAGCACCAAUGGGAGAAGAUCUUGCAGAAAGUGCUCCAGGGCUGCCGAGAGGGCAUGCUGGGGACCAUGGCCCUGGCUGCAUGUCAGUUCAUGGAGGAACCAGGAAUGGAGGUGCAAGUGAGGGAAUCAAAACACCCAUAUAACAACAACACCAGCUUUGAGGAUAAAGUUCACAUUCCUGGUGCAAUCUACCUCUCAAUCAAAUUUGAUCCUCAGUGCAACACAGAGGAAGGCUGUGACGAAUUAGCCAUGUCCAGCAGUAGUGACUUUCAGCAGGACCGACACAACUUCAGUGGCUCCCAGCAGAAGUGGAAAGAUUUUGAGCUUCCAGGAGAUACUCUGUAUUACCGAUUUACCUCCGACAUGAGCAACACCGAGUGGGGCUACCGAUUCACUGUGACAGCUGGACACCUGGGUCGUUUCCAGACAGGAUUUGAGAUCUUGAAGCAGAUGUUGUCCGAAGAAAGGGUUGUACCUCACCUCCCAUUGGCCAAGAUCUGGGAAUGGCUGGUGGGUGUGGCCUGCCGCCAGACUGGUCAUCAGCGACUGAAAGCCAUCCACCUACUGCUGAGGAUUGUGCAGUGCUGCACCCACAGUGACCUAUGUGACCUUGCGCUGUUGAAGCCCCUAUGGCAGCUCUUUACCCACAUGGAGUAUGGCCUAUUUGAGGACGUGACACAGCCUGGCAUCCUCCUACCCCUGCACCGCGCCCUCACCGAGCUCUUCUUUGUCACUGAGAACCGUGCCCAGGAGCUUGGCCUGCUGCAGGAGUACCUGCUGGCCUUAACCACUGAGGACCACCUUCUCCGAUGUGCAGCGCAGGCUCUGCAAAACAUCGCUGCUAUCAGCCUGGCAAUCAACUACCCAAACAAGGCCACCCGCCUCUGGAAUGUUGAGUGUUAGCCUCACUGUGGCAUGCAUGGACUCAAUAAUUUGUCUACAGGGGUUACGGCAGACCUCCAACCUUGCUCAGGAAACCCCUGCAGCCUCUGCACCCAGCUCUCUUUGAGCCUACCCCCUGCUCCCAUUUGGAUGCCAAGCAGCCGCCUCAUCAAGAAGGCCCACUGUGCAGGCUCCAUGUGUGCAAGAAGGCACAGCAGUGCUGAGUGGCUCAGAAAGGGCCAUCAAGAGGCUUUGGGAAAGUUACUCAGAGAAUAGAGACCAGUGUCCUUCAGAGCUGCCCCCGGGGAGUCACAGCACUGAGGACCUAGAAGUAAUCUCUGGAAGGAUUCUGUCUUCACUGAGCCGGAACUGCCCAGGCUUGCCAUCAAGGGAAGGUGCCAUCCGUGCAGAGCCACCCUUGCAGUGAGACUUACAGCUUGCAGCAGCAGUGGCCCAGUUGGGAAACCAACCCACAACCAACACGAGCGCCUCCCAGCCACCUCCAAUUCCCAAGCUGUCUUCAUGCCACAGGUCAGCUGGCUAACUCCCAGUGCCCUUGGGAACAGCCAACGGAUCCUGCUUGUCAUCCAUGCAACAGCUCCCAGCACAUAUAUCUGCGUUUCUUCACUUCUUUUAAUAUGGUUUUGUUUCCCCUCAUGUUUUUAAAAGAGAACCACACUGACUCCCUGAGAGAGCCCCUAGGGAAUGCCUAGGAGGAACAAACUGGUGUGUGUUGAAGUGACAGAAAUAGAGGGACUCUCCAGCACCUACAGUGCCAACAGUGCCCUCAAAGGAGCCCUUGUUCAGGAGUCAGAACAUACCUGAUUAUACUACUGCUCCAAGGUCAUGGUGAUCGGCAUACCUACCACCUUGGGCCUCUUACCUUGCUAUUUGGCCAUCACCUGUCUAGCAAUAACUACAUUAGUUCUAGUGAAUGCUUUAGCAUUUUUCCAUGUAUGGCUUUAGCAUUGCCCUGAAGUGCUAAUGAUUUUCUUUCCAGAGCCACAGUGAGUGGGAAGCUAGGUUGGCAUCAGGCCAAGGACUUUCAGGAAGAAAAAAUCCUGAGGCACCUCCUAUUGAAGGGCAGGUGUCUGGGCCAGAGGCAUGUCCCACCUCACAGGCCCAAUGCAAAAACGGCUCCUCACAGCCAGGACCAUCCUUGGCUAUCUUGUGUUGCUAUGGUACAGUGUGCCCCUUGGCCUCUGAAGACCCCGCUGGGUGUGGACAAGGGACUGGAUUGGAAGAGGUUGAGCCUGCAGGUCUGGAAGCAUCUUCUGCAAAGGUGCUGUGCCUUCUGGCACCACUACCUGCCUGGCCCUUGAAUUAGGUUCUCUGAUGGACCCCAGCAUACAGGAAAAAUGGCUACAGAGUGGUGGGGGAUAGGUUGCAAAAACACAGGAACAAAUGGAGUGGUGACCUAUGAUCCGCCCCCUCACAUCAAAGGAAUCCUAGUCCAGUUCCCAUGAUGUGGGACAGGGUGCCAGCCCAUGGGAACCUCUUUCUCAUCUUUUGCUCAUUGCCAAAGCACCUGGGCUUUGCAAGCUGCCUAGACCCCAGAGAAGGCCCCUAUUGCAUGCCACUCCCUCCAAAUAGGUCUCUGGUGAGAAUCAGAACAAGUCUCAGUGCACAGUGAAGAGGCCUCGUGGUGGCUCAGACCAGAUAGCAGUUAGAAGAUGGGGGAGGAGAUGGCACACUCACAACCCUCCACACCCCAGACUGAGUAGAGGGAGCAGAUGGCCAGGGCAGGACAGGGCUGGAGGCCUCCCUCGGGACAGUGGCCCCAGCUCUUCUCCCGCCCUCCCAUCAGGAAGAGCAAUUGUAAAUAAACGCUGAACCCCAUAGCUUUUCUCCACUCACCGCUCUCUGUUUUCUCUCCCUCUGCUUCAUUUUGCCCUUCACACACCACAGCUGCUCUCUGACAGGGCCCCCCUGACCUGGUCACUGCAGCCCACUGCCUCCACUUCUCUAGGCCACUGGGUGGCACUGCUGAGCCAGGCCCAUCUCCUGACCCCAACCUGGGCAGGAGGUCCAAAGGAGUUCCAUCAAGGCCAAUGUCCUCUUCACCCUUCUUAGGGGACAAGACUGCCUGGACUGAGACAAAGCUGGCAGGAAUAAGGGGUCGUGGAAACAUGUGCCUAAUCUAUAAAGAAUUCUGUUCCAGAUCAUAUAUAUUGUACAGACACUGUUCUAAUGAGAGGAGUGACUUAUUUUCAUCAUCGUUUUUAAUUUGUUUUCUUACGGGUUUACGAUUUUGAAUUUUUAUUAUUUGGUUGAGAGAAAGAAUUUUGAUUAUAUCAGCUGAAUGAGUUCAGCCUGUAAAAAGAAUGUUUUAAGUUGUGGAUAAGAUAUGCAAAUGAAGAGAAAUAUAUUGUACAAAUUCUAUAUAAAAAAAAAAGUACAACUCUAUGUGAAUUUCUCCCUUUUCCCUUCCCUUCCCUGCUCCCAUCCCCCUGUAGAAAGGUCUUACUGUAUCCUCCAAGCUGGCCCUAAACCCACCAUCUCCUGCCCAUGUCUCUCAUGCCUGGCCCUUCAGCUUCUCUUGUGAAAUAUACUUUGGAGUUUCUGCCUAGCCAAAUAGAGAACCUCAUGGCCACCUCCUUGUGGGAAGGAGUCCAGCAGGUCCCUCAGGCCACAGCUUCUGAGUGUUGAUGGAACUGUGAGCCUAGUCCUCCACUGUAGCCACCCAGGGAAUCCAGGAGUUCACGUUAGUCACCCCCUUCUGUACUAUAUCUCUCAGGUUUGACACACAAAUAAUGUCCCCAAGUUCACUCUUCUCCUGCCAGAUACCCCAACACCACCCUGUCAUCUCUGAGCCUCCUGUAGCUUCCAAGCCUUGUUGUUCUGGGACUGCUUCUCCUGCUAGCCUUAUCUAAAUCAUCUGAGACUGUUCUUCCUCGGGUCUAAGUCCCAGUGACCAUGCUGUGUCCUUCUCAGAUACCUCCCUGGUCUCAGUGCCAUCUUGCAAGGUGGAGGAACUUGCCUUCUCAAUGGAAUCUGGGCCUAGCCCACCUUUGAGGCCCACAGUCUAUACAUCUCCCCCAAAUCUGAGGCUCUAGGGGAGCCUCAGACAGGGCUUGGGCCCAGCCUCAGCUUCUCCAGUAGGAAGCUUGGGUUAGCAUGGUGCUCAGGGGAAUUGGGUCAUCCAGGUCUCUGAUUCUCCCUCUGAGGCUAAUAAUUUAUUGCUGUCCUCACCCUAACUUGGUCUGAGAAUCAUGGGGCUUAAUUCUGAAAAGCAAGGCUCCCGGCUUUUCCUGUUGGUGUCACGGACAGCCUUUACUUAGUUGUGAAGCCCUGGAACAGCUGUGUGGAAGUUCCCUGCUGAGAGGCAGGUCAUAGCAGCACUAGGUGACUCCAACCUAAGCCUUCUACACAGCGGAAGAGAGAGGUAGAAUUCCAGCAUUCCUCAUGUGUGCAUGUCAGUCCCAUUGCCCAGCGCCAUUGCCUCUUGUCCACACCCUAGGUGCCCCAGCAUGCUAGCCUGGUGAUUACACUGCAUGGAAAAUCCAGACUUAGACUAAGCCCACAUCUACACAUGCCUGAGCACCUUUGUGGACCCUGUUGCUUAGCCCACUGCUACUUCCUACCCAUUUCCCUCCUUCCCAGCUCACAGAAUCCAGAAUCUUUCUCCGUAUUCAAUCUUUCUUCUUACAUUAUUUGUGCUGUAGUGCACAUGUAUAGAGGUCAGAGGACAGUCUGUAGGAACUGGUCCCACCCUAUGCGUCCAGGUCGUCAGGCUUGACAGCAAGUGCUUUAGCCUGUUGAGCCAUCUCACCUGUCUGUUUGUGGGUGACAACUGUAGAUUCUUCAGUCUCAGGAAAACUGUCUUUGUGCUGGCUCGUGGGGAGUUACCCUUGAAUGAUACCCUCCUUGGGUACCAUCCUAGAAAUCUCAUUUCUGUUGAUAGGAUGCUUCCUUUCCCUCUCCUCUUGCCAUCAGGAUGGCUGUGAGCCAUUUCCUGCCACAGAGACACUGAUGCCUGCUAGGAGGUUCUAGGGCAACAGUUCUCAACCUGUGGGUCAUGACCCCUUUGGGGGGGGGUCAAACACCUUUUCAUAGGGGUCAUAGAUCAGAUAUCCUGUGUAUCAGGUAAUUACAUUCCAUUUAAUAACAAUAGCAAAAUUACAGUUCUGAAGUAGCAACGAAAAUAAUUGUGUGGUUGGGGAUUGCACAACAUGAGGAACUAACUGUAUGAAAGGGUUGAGUUAGGAAGGGUGAGGACCACUGCUGUAGGUGAUGGAUUCCUGCUCACAUUGAGCUUGACAAAGCACUGGGCUUGGAGACCCAACUGCAACCUGCUGCCGUCAGGUGGUGAAAAUGAGGUGGCUGGAGAGCCAGUACACAGCUGCAGACGCAGGAAUUGGGAUCAGAUUAGGAUUCCUCACCGCAGGAUGUGAGCGCCUGUUCAGGAUGCCUGGGAGUGUAGGGAAGGUGGGUAAGGGGACUUGUGGUUGGCUGGUCUCUGCUCAUUUGCAGAUGAAGUUAGGCCACAGUUAGCUCCAGUGAGUUGUAAUAAGGCAAUAGCCCUCUUGCCAUAUUAAUAUCAAAAUACAUUGUAUGAAAAAAUUAAAUAAGUUUAUAAAAAAAAAAUCUGUUCCAGGAAGAGCUAAGACUACCUAAAAUAAAUGACUGGUGCUCAACCUUCCUAAUGCUUCAACCCUUUAAAAUAGUUCCUCAUGUUGUGGUGACCCCCCCUCCCCAAGCAUAAAAUUAUUUUUGUUGCUACUUCAUAGCUAAUUUUAUUAGUUAUGAAUCAUAAUAUAAAUAUCUGCUUUCUAGUGGUCUUAGGAGACCACUGAGAAAGGGUCAUGUGACCCCCAAAGGGGUCAUGACCCGUAGGUUGAAACCACUGCUCUAAACAGUCCUGUUAAACUGAUAUUUUUCUAAAAAUACAAAAUGGUUUUACUAAAGUUUUUAAGAAUUUAGGGGCCGCUGAGAUGGCUCAAUAGAUGUAGCAGCUUGCAGUCCAGCCUGAUGACCUGAUGACCUAAUGACCUAGAAAGAGAAGAGAAUGGAGUCUUAAAAGUUGUCUUCUAUUUCCAGGUAGUGAUGGCAUAUGCUCUUAAUCCCAGCACUUGGGAGGCAGAGGCAAAUGGAUCUCUAUGAGUUCAAAGCCAGCCUGGUCGACAGAGCAAGUUUCAGGACAGCCAGGGCUACACAGAGAAACCUUAUCUAAAAAAAGAAAAAAAAUCAGCAGUGUAUGGGAAGGAAACAUAAACAUAUAAACAUUUCCUGAAAUAGAAAGGCCUCUGACAAUACAGGCUGAUGGCAGCCAUCAGUAGCAAAUUCUCCUUCUAGGGACUCUUGGGCUAUUAGCUUCCCUCACAAUAGGGGUUGAGAGCAAAUUUGGAGGCACUGUCCCAGAAUUCAGUGAGGUGUCUCCAACUUUAAACUCCAAACUAUGUUUCUUUGUUUGCACGUGUGUGUGCAUGCGUGUGCACAAGAAUGCUGCACUGUGCCGGGCGUGGUGGCGCACGCCUUUAAUCCCAGCACUUGGGAGGCAGAGGCAGGCGGAUCUCUGAGUUCGAGACCAGCCUGGUUUACAAGAGCUAGUUCCAGGACAGGCUCCAAAACCACAGAGAAACCCUGUCUCAAAAAACAAAAAACAAACAAAAAAAAAAGAAUGCUGCACUGCAUUUGCGAAUGUCGGAGGACAGCUUAAGAGAAUCUGUUCUACCAUUUGGGCCCCAGGGAGUGAACUCAGGUGGGUAGGCUUAGCGACACAUGCCUUUCCCGGCCGCACUGUCUUGCUGGCUCCAGACUAAAUUUAAAAGAUGAAUUCACCAGCUCACAACACUGAAAAGCCUGAAAGUUGCAUUUCUCUCCCGGCAAAGAAAUUCUGUGGCUUGAAGAAGUGAAGUCAGUCUGUCUCUCCUUGCCCUUUCUGCUCCUGCUCUUCCCGGACUCUUACUCAAGAGGAGCCACAGCUCCUCCCUGGGCAGUUCCCUGCUCGCUGUGGAGAGCCACCUCAGUGUUCUUCAUAGGAGACUUCCCAGAACGGUCAGCCACCGUUUACAUUCGUGUUUAAAAAGCCACUUGGGAGACCUGUGUCCUUAUGGGCUGUCAUCAGAACUGCUGAGCAGCAUCCAUGACAACUGGGCUGAUGUCAUGUCUGGGAGAUCCCCACAUAGCCACUGUGAGUCCUGUCAACACAGCUGCUCGGCCACUCCAUCAGGUGAGACACCCCUAAAAUACACCGAUAAGACUGCUCCCGCUCACUAGGGCAGGAAUCCACAGCGGAAGUGAAGAGAGACAGCGAACUAAAAUUCCUUGUACAGCUUAAUUUUAUUUUAAUUUUUAAAAUUGACACAUUUUUGUACAUAUUUAUGGGGUAUAAUGUGAUGUUUUGUUUUGUUUACAGUACUUACAGGUUUAGCCUAAGGCCUCCCAUACAAUAAUCACCUUACCACUGAGCUUUCUAUAUUCCUUAUUUUAAGAUCUAACUAAGUGCUCCAGGAUGGAGCUUGCAGUCCUCCUGCCUCAGCCUUCCGAGCAGUAAAGAUGCAGCCCUGUUCCUCCAGGUCCUGCCUACCACUUCGUUGUUUUGGGAACAUUCAGAAUCCACUCUAGGAAGUAUGCUCAAGGGUCGAGCAUGUCCUUAGCUCAGACUCCUUAUCUAGUACCUCCCCCAAAAAAUGAUCUCUACGAGCUGUCUUUAAGUAAUCUGUUGUCAGCCAUUGUUAUUCUGUACCAGUGACCAUUAGAAACUUUUCCUCCUGUGCAGUUUCACCUCUUCAACUUCUCCUUUCUAGACUUUUUUUUAAGUGCUUUGCAUGCAUGCAGUGCCUGAAGAAGCCAGAAGAGAGCAUCAGAUCCCCUAGAACUGGAGUUACAGAGCUGUUACCAUCACAUGGGCACUGGAAACCAAACCCUAGUCUUUCUCAAGAACAGCCAGUGGACCACCUCGUCCAGCUUGAUCUCCUUCCUUCAUCUCAGCCUCACCUCCUAAGUUCCUGCCACACCCCCGGACAGCCGCAUCAGCUGAGGACCAAGCCUGUGGGGGCAUUUCAUAUACCGUUCAUAACAUCCAGAUGUCCUUGGCCACCAAAAGCCCAUCUCAUGCACAAAUUUCUUUGGUACAUCUCUAAGACUCCCCAACAUCUCAACAGUCCCAAAUGUUGCUCAAAAACACAAGUCCAAAACAUCUAAAAAGAUUUAAGACAUACUCGUAGCUGUGAGCCUCCCAUAAAACUGAAAAAAAAAAAACCAUACUUCAAUAUCCAAUAACAGUUUGAACAUUCCCAUUCCAGAAGGAAGGGGGAAGGAAAACCAGCAGAACACAUCAAACCCUGUACCUCUUGCAUCUGGAGCAUAUGAUGGGAUGAUGUGAGCCCUCCAGGGUUCAGGCAGCCUUGCUGCUCUGACCAUGCUGGCUUUCGCACAGGUGGCCUCCCCUGGGCUGGCUCUGCUCACUGCUCGCAGCUUUCCUGAGCAGAUGUUCCGUGUCCCUGGCGUCCUUCCUGAGUCCUCUGCUGCAGCUGAGGCGCCACUCUCACAGCCCCACAGAGUUCCUUCCUAGGCUGCUGGCAGGAAGUCUGACCCUGGAACACAGCACUGAGCCUCACAAGCUUUCUUUUGGAAUCUGGGUAAAAGUCUCUAUGGCCCAUAACAUUUAUAUUAUGUUUGUAGAGGCCCAUAACAUGCCUACACAAACCAGUCAUGCAGAUGACAUCAAGUUCUGCCGCCAACUUGAACAAUAGUGAGGCCCCUCGACGUGAAUGCUGUGGCCUCCGCGGGCCUGAAACUAGUGCUCCCAUCCAAACGAAGUUCUUCCUAUUAUUGUACGUCUUCACACCUUUGACCUUGAUGUCUGCCGAACUCUUGAGGUACCCUCAGGGAACUGUGGUCCAGGGUGCAAAGUACUUGUUUUCUUUUUAAUCUCUUAAACCUUCUCUUCCUUGGGGGCAACUUUAACCAUAUGGCUUUUCUGACAACACUCCAAGUUUUUCAGGUUUCUCCACUCUGCUUUUUCUGUUCUUGAUUCUUACUGUAAACCUGGCUUAAAGCAACCAGCAACAGCCUUAAGUACCAAGCUGUCAUAAAAUUUUCCCCAUCUUGGUUGGGUGUGGUGGCACACAACUAAUUCCAGUACUUGGGAGGCAGAAGCAGGUAGAGCUCUGUGAGUUUGAGGCCAGCCUGCUCUACAUAGCGAAUUCCAGACAGCUAGAGCUAGAGACAGACAGACAGACAGACAGACAGACAGACAGACAGACAGACCCUGUCUCAGUCUGAUUUUAGUCUACCACCUUUGAAUUUAACUUCCUACAAAAUCUGGGCAAAAUGUAAGCAAGUUUUUGCCACAAUGCAGCAUUAUCUUAGUUACUGUACUGUUUCUGAGAAGGGAAACCACGACCAAAGCAACUCUUAAAAAGAGAGCAUUCUUGAGCUUUAUUAUUUGUUUAUGGUUUUUCAAGACAGGGUUUCUCUUUUAGUUCUGACUGUCCUUGAACUCAGAGAUCUACCUGCCUCUGCCUCUGCGCGCUGGUAUUAAAAGUGUGUGCCACCACACCCAGCUAAAAGAAAGCAUUUAUUGGGGCUUGCUUUCAGUUUUAGAGGGUUAGUCCAUGAUCAUCAUGGAGGAAACAAGACAGGCAUGGCAUUGUAGCUGAGAACUGUAGAUCUUGAUCUACAGGUAAGAGAGGGAGAGAGAGGUUGGGGCUGGUGACUGUUUUGGAAACCUCAAAGCCCCACCCCUACUCCACCCCUGUGACAUACUUCCUCCAAUAAGGCCACACCUCCUAAUCCUUCCCAAAUAAUUCAAAUGGAGAGCAAGCAUUCAAACAUAGAGCCUCUGCCUGGUGUGCUAUGGUGGCCCACACCUUUAAUCCCAGCACUCGGGAGGCAGGGGCAGGCGGAUCUCUGUGAGUUCGAGACCAGCCUGGUCAACAGAGCUAAUGCCAGGACAGGCUCCAAAGCCACAAAGAAACCCUGUCUCGAAAAACCAAAAAAAAAAAAAAAAAAUCAAACAUAGAGCCUAUGGGGGUCAUUUUCAUUCACUACAAACAUGAAUGGCCCCUAAUGCUACAUGAGUCAUGUUCCGGUCUGAAUCCUCCCGAACACUCUAUUGUUCACGAUUCUAUCAGCAUUCUGGACUUCUGAGCUCCCAAUGGGAUUGCCCACUAAACUUUGCUUGCAGCAUCCUGGGCCUUCUCUAGCACCACAUCUCCAAACUUUUCCAGAUUCCCUCCAUAAGUCUGGUCCAGAGGUUUCUAAACCACGUGAUAAGACAAUCCUGGCAACUCCACCUCCUUGCAGGUAGGGAUCAGACCUCUCAGCACACGACAGGUACUCCAGAGAAAGAGCUCACAAGAGGAAAGACUGGCCUGGGCUCGGUGUCAUUUUCCUACCCCUGGUUGGCUGGCUUCUGAUUCGGAGCCUCAUGGCAGUGGUUGAGUGGUGAAGCAGCUCACCUCACAGUGACCAGGAAGGAGAAAGAGAAAGAGACAGGAAGGGGCCAGGGUGAGGUAUAACAUUCAAAGGCAUGUGCCCAGUGAACUAUUGUGAUGGUUUGAAUAAGAUGUCCCCAUAAAUCUCAUGCAUUUGAAUAUUGGUUGCCAGGUGGUGGCUGUUUGGAAAGAAUUAGGGGAGUGUAGCCUUGUUAGAGGACGUGUGUCCCUGGGGUAGACUUUAAAGGGUUUCAGAAGCCUCCCACUAUCCCCACUGUGCACUUUGCCUCCUGUUUUUGGAUCAAGAUGUAAGCUCUCAGCUGUUGCUGCCUCCAUACCCUUGGUCUCCCAUCAUGGGCACUAAUCCUCUGAAACCAUAAGCCCACUUAAUUCUUUCUUUUGAAAGUUGCCUUGACCAUGAUGCAAUAGAAAAGUAACUAUGACACCUAUGUCAUACAGGAAGGCUUCAUAGUGCCACCAACUAAGCACCAGGCCUUUGGUACAUGAGCCAUUGGGGGACAUUUCAUAGUGAAACCAUAAUGUUCCUCAACCAUAAUAGAAUGAAUUUGGAAGCCCACUGCCACCUGUAACUCUGAUGACAUUUUAAAAAUAUUGUAUUAAUUAUUUGAUGAUACCAUGCAGUGUAUUUUGAUCAUACUCCCCCUUCAGUCCUCUCCCCAACUCCUCCAAGUCCACCCUACAUCCUAUCCUACACUUUAACUUUAUGUUCUCUCUCUUGUAAUAACCCACCCAGUCCAAUUUGUGCUUCCCAUAUAUUCCUGGAUAUGGGGCCACUCACUAGAGUGUGGUCAACUUACCAGGGACCAAACCCUUAAAGAAAACUGACUCUCCAUCACUGAGACGCCGUUAACUGUCUAACUGUCCAUACGCUUCAGUGAGGGCUGAGGUCUCAUGAACCCUUUCCCCCUCCGUACUUGAGCGAUGGCUGGCUUGGCCUUGUGCAGGCACCCACAGUUGCUGAGAGUUUCUGAGUGUACUGUCACUGUUAGUGUCACUCUGGCUCUUAAAAUCUCUCUGCGUCUUCUCCUACAGUGGCCCCUAAGCCUCGGCUGGGAUAUGAGACAGAUGUCCCACAUGCUGGUGAAAUUUAAGAAACUCAAUACAUAGAUGUAAAACACUUCUUAAGAAAAAUAGAAAACGGGAGAAGGAGAAGGUACUGUGGCUGGAUAUGGUGGCACCUACCUGUGUGGCCCCAGGAAGACAGCUCAUGCUCAGGGGUUUGGAGAGAGUCUGAACAAGACAGACUCCAUUCCUUUAAAAAACAAGCAUUUUUAUAGAAUAUUUUCAGAUAACCAGAGGAUAAGGAAAAAAGUUAGGAAGUGUCUUGAGAUGGAUGAAAACAAGACACAGAAUACCAAAACCUACGGGACAUCCUAGAGAUUGUGCUUAGGAGGAAAUCUAAAGUUUCAUGUAUGUAUAUUCAAAGAUUCCUACCUUAAGACCAUGAUAAAAGGGAAGCAGAUGGAGCCUAAAGGAAGCAGAAUACAAAGUAGCAUGUAAAUUCAGGGACAGAAAGCUGGGCACUGGGCAUCAGUGCUUAGGGGCCGAGGUAGUUGGCUCAUGAGUUUCAGACCAACAUGGGCUACAUAGAUCCUGAGAGGUAGCGGGUAGAAUGGUGGUGAAGAAAGAACAAAUAAAGAGGAAAAGGAGAGGGGGGGGGUUAAGGAAGGAGAAAAAGAAAAAGGAAAGAAGAAAAUACAAAGAAACAUCAAAGAAACUAAAUGUUGGUUCUUUGAUUCACUUUUCACUUUGUAACGUGGUCUUGUGUAGCCCAAGAUGGCCUCCAACUUACUAUGUACCUAGGGAUGACCUUGGGCUCCUCGAUUCCUGUCUGAAUUCUAGGAUUACAGAUGUGUCACCAUACCAGGGGUAGUGACCAUCAAACUCAUGGCUUCAGAGGGUUCAACCCAUGGGCCCUGGCUCCAUGUUCCUGGUCUUCUGUGAGGUAGGGCAUCAAUGGGAACAGGCAUGUUUGGAAGAGAAGGAAGAACAUUAAAAAACAAACAAACUUUGCUGUAUUGACCAAGAAAGUAAGAAGACUCAAAUUGUCACAAUCAGAAAUGAAUGGGAGGUGGGGGGCAUGGCAGUGCAUAGCUACAAUCCUAACACUUAUGUGGCUGAAGCAGGAAGAUUUGCCCAGAUGUUGGGGGUCAACCUGGACAAUAUGUGAGAUCCAUCUCAAAAGAAAAGGCAGAGAGACAAAGAGAGAGAGAAUUGACUGAUUCUGAAGUAUCCUCCACAGGCUCAUGUACUGAAUGAACUCUUGGCUUCACCAGUGGCACUAUUUUAAGAGGUUCUAGAAACUUCCAGAAAUAAGGCCUAGCUGAAGAAUAUAGGUUACUAAGGGGCCUUGGGGCUGGUUUUUGUUUUGUUUUCUAUUUUAGGCUUCUCUCCUUCCUUCCUAAGGUAAGCAGCCUUCUCUUCCUUCCACACUUUCCUGUUCCCAUGAUACUCUGCCUUACAGAAGACUAGAAACAUGGACCCAAGACCAUGGUUGAAACCUUUGAGGCUAUGAACUCAAACAAACCCUUCUCUCUUAAGCUGUUCCUAUCAGGUAUUUGGGGGACAGUAACAACCAGGUUACUAAGAUGGAAGGACAGGUGACUACCAUCCUUAAAGAAAUCAACCAUGAAGAAAUACCAUGAACAACUGUAUGACAACAAAUAGAAAACUUCAUAAGAUGAACAGAUUUUUUUAGAAGAUAUUAUCGAAACUGACUGGGGAAGAAAUACGAAUCUAGGUAAUCUACAGCAAGUAAAGAGAUUGAAAUAGUAAACCAGUCGCUUCCCACCCGAUCAGAUGACUGCAAAACAGACUAGUAAGAAUGAGGUGACAGCAAUGCUUCAGACUCUUCCAAAAACAGGAGAGGGGGCACUUCUCACUUACUCUUCUGAGGCCAAUGUUAGAUUGAUACCAACCAGAAGACCCCAGGGAAAGCACUGCAGCCUCCACCUCCAUGCAUGUGGUUACUAAAAUCCUAGCAAACCAGGUCUCGAUCACUGAACUCUUCUACACUGAGACUAAGGUCUGAAAUUUGCUGCAAGAAUUCAAGGUAGGCUCAAUAUCCACAUAUCAGACGUCACCUCAACCAACCCUGAUCUAACAUAUGCUAUCCACAUCAUAAGAGCAAAAACUUCAGCCUUUAGUCCCAGCACUCAGGAGGCAGAGGCAGGCGGAUCUUGGUGUGUUUGAGGCUAGCCUGGUCUACAGAGUGAGUACCAGGAUAGACUCUAAAAGCUAUACAGAGAAACCCUGUCUCAAAAAAAAAAAAAAAAAACCUUCCUAUUCCCCUCAAAAAAAUGCAGACCAAGCUUUUGGUGAGACGCCACACUCAUGCUGAAGACAGUGACAAGUACCAGAGGGCAGGUCUCCAACAUGAUACAGGGAUCUAGGAAAACCCACGAACUCCUCACUUACUGGUAGAAAAUGGGUGUUUCCUUCCUAGGUCAUCAGCAGCCACAGCAGAUCUAUACCCUACCACUUCUACCAGCAUUACACAGGAGAAUGCAGCCAGGAGAACUGGGCAAACAACCUAGCCUGUGGCUCCCAUUUUGGAAAGGAAAGGAUCCAUUUACAAACCAUGAUCUUACAUAGGGCAGAUGCUAAAGAAUCCAUAACAACAAAAAACCUAGUAAACCACAAAUGAGUUCAUCCAACUUGCAGUCUACAUGGUUUCUAUAAAAAUCUCUCAGAAGUAAGAGAGGGGCAGCAGCAGGAUUGAGAGGCCCGCUGGCCUACUCACUGUAACUCCAUCUCAAGACAGUAGCAACUCCCCCAAAACACUUAGGAGGAAAUUACCAAAAGAAGUGUGUUGUGGAAUAUUUGUGCAACCAGGCAAAGAUGUGUUACAUUUGUUGAUGCUUCAUUUGUUCAACUAUGUAAAGAUACGUUGCAUUUGUUUUACCUUGCCUGCCUAGUCUAAUAAAAAGCUGAAUGGCCAGUAACUAGGCAGUAGAGGGGUAGGCAGGGCUGGCGAGCAGAGGGAAUAAGGAGGAAUUUCUGUUCUGGAGAGAUUGGGGGUGGGGGUGGAGCGGGGAGAGAAAGAGAGGCCGACACCCACCAGACAUAGAGGAAGCAGGGAAAUAGGACAUACAGAAUAAAAAAAAAAAAAGGUAAAAGGCAAAACGUAGAUGAAGAGAAACAGGCUAAGUUAUAAGAGCUAGUGGGACAAGCAUAAGAUAAGGCCAAAUUUCAUAGCUACUGAGUCUCCAUGUCAUUAUCUGGGAGCUGGUUGGCAGCCCAGAAAGAAAGCCUGCUACAGAUGUGCAAACCUUAGAGUGUGAAAACCAGACAAGACACUCACAGAGACGGAAGAUGGGAGAAGCGGAUGGAGGGCAGCAUGCAAUGCCGAGGACUUUGUCAGAAUGCUCUGACUGUGCACUCGGAUCUACACAGGGGAAAUGUGCUCACCCAAGGGCUUCUUGAUCUUCUGAAUUCACUGUUUACUAUCUCAGUUCCUGUGCGGCAGGAAUGCCCACGGCUUAGCUGCUUCCUGCAGCUCAAGGUCUCACGUGGGCUACAGGCAUCUCCAGAUCUGACCAGAGCAAAAGGAGCCACUGGCUGCCAUGCACAGUUUGUUUCCUCCUUGGCUGCUGAACUGAGGCCCUCAGGUCCUUCCUGUGCCAGCCAGACUUCUCCCCAAAUCCGUUCACAGCCCAGGAGCUCGCCUGGCCCAGCGGGGCCAUUCAAGAGAAAGAGUCAUGGACUUGGUGGUUGUUUUGUUUUGUUUUGAGACAAGCUCUCACUCAGUAUGCAGGCCUGGCUGUCCUGGAACUCACUGUGAAGACCAGGCUAGCCUCAAACUCACUCAUGCCCUGCCUCUGCCUCCCGAGUGCUGGGACUAAAGGUGCCUGCCAACACCACUCAGGCAAAUACAAGCUUUGUUUUAUUUUGUCUUUGCUGCAGUCUCUGUGACCCAGUUUCAGACGGUCAUCUCAUCACCUGUGUUUUGUUAUUGUCUAAACAAGUCAGGCAUCCCUCCCCCAUCCAUCCCCCACUCACGGGGAAGGGAUUGUGUUCAGCUUGAAUUCUGGGAGAGAAGGGUCAUAGGCCACCCUGGAGGCUGCCCUUGAUGACAUACCUGCUACCCCCCUCCUCACAGCCAGGGUGACAAGAUGUACUGAUGCGGGCAUAUGGCUUCAUUUGCUCGCUCCACAUACACACAGGUAAUGGGCCACUCAACCAAAUAAUAGUUGAAUAUAUAAAUAUAUCUACAUUAAUGUUGUUAUACUUUAAUUUUAAUUUAUUGCUUAUUUAUUGCUCUCCACGUGCCAUGGCACACAUGGGGAGAUGAGAGGACAACUUCUAGGAGCUGGUUCUUUCCUUCCACUUUAGUGUUCUCAGGGAUUGAACCUGGGUCACCCAGUCUUGGCAGCAAGCACCUUUACCCACUGACCCAUCUCACUCACUGGUCCUGCAAUUAUUUUUAAAAUUAAAUUACAUAUUUUACAGUGAUAGGGAGCAUACCCAGGGCCUCACACAUAAUGGGCAGCACUCUUCCACUGAGCUACACCCCAUCCCUACAAAUGCUGAUUUCUGAGCACACAGUGAAAACCCCUGGUAGGUAAGAAAGUGCGGAGCGCUUUGUAACAUGAUGUCUGUUUUGAGAUCUAAUGUCAUGGGAAUACGAACCCACUCCCACAAAAUCACAGUAAUCUUUCCAUGAGGACGGAUCCCUCACCAGCCUCUGGCGCUAUGACACUGAGGACCAUGAGCAGCUCCUCGUGAGCACCCCCUUCCCAGGAGGGGAGUCACAUUCAAACCACGCACGCAGCGUCAUGUCAGACAAUGGCAGAACACGACACAGUUCAUGAAGCGUUUAAUGUGGCUCUUUUCCGAGUUCUCUGCAUCUCAGCACCAUGGACAAUUAUUCCACGGAUAAGGUCACAUCAGUAAGCGGAAGGGUGGUGAAGGGCUUGGCCCUUCGCCUAAGGUUCUGAUCACCUGGCCGGUGCCAUUCCAGAGAGGGGACAGGACACCCUGGCUCAUUCCUGCUGCCCAGCUAGUGCCUGGCAAGUCCCAUCUACUGUGCUUGACUCUGUCCUGUUUUCCUCCCUUGCCAGUUUGGUAGGUGACUUUUUUUUUUUUUAUCUUCGUAGUUUUGUAUUGUUUCUCAGCGUGUUUCUUUGAUUAUUUAUGCAAAUGAAUAUUUUUACCUGCUUAUGGUUUGGGGUUUUUGGCAGGGAGGAGCGUCAGCUUCUGGCUCUCUCCCAUUGGCAGGUUGAUUUUAAUCUUCUUGAUCUGUAAAGGCUCCCUACAGACUAUGAAGAACAAGCUAUUGUGUGUGUUACAAAUCCUCUUCCACGCUGCCCUCUGUCUUCUAUUCAUGAUUUUUUAAACCAUUUGUUUCCAUAGGAAUUUCAGUUAUAAAAAUAACAUUUGCUUGUGGUAAGGGAUUCACAGAGCACAGAGAGAUAAGAGAACACAAAGGCCUUUCUUCUUACUGCCUUCAUAUUCUUUCCUCAAAAUAGCUGCUUCAAGUCAGGCAAGAUGGUACACAUCUAGAAUCCUAGGCGGAAGCAGGAGGAUGGAGAGUUUGAGACCCGUCUAGGCAAGCCACUGACUUUAGGGAGCACAUUAGAAAUCACAAGACAAGGAGGCUGUAUCAAGCAAGCCUGACUCCCAUGUUUCUUUCCCAUUUGCCCCUCUGUGCAACCAAGAGUUGAAGCAGCAAGAGUCCUUCACCUACCAUCGCAGACUCUGGAACUGUGAGCCAAUCUGAACCUCUCUUCUUUAUAACUUACCAGCCUUAGGUAUUCUAUUAUAGCAACAGGAAGUGAACUAAGGCAAUGUGCACCAAACACUUUGAAGUGAAAAUUAAUAAAUAAUAUCCACAUUCUGACCUUGUGUAAGAAUAAAAACAGACAGGCGGGCGGUGGUGGCGCAGGCCUUUAAUCCCGCACCCAGGAGGCAGAGGCAAGCGGAUCUCUGUGAGUUUGAGGCCAGCCUGGUCUACAGAGUGAGUUCCAAGACAGACUUCAAAGCCAAAGCUACAUAGAGAAACCCUGGCUUGAAAAACAAACAAACAAAAAAAAAAGAAUAAAAUAGACUUGUGAGUAUAGAGAAAAAUCUGAGGAAUCAGGUCGUAAAAUUUAUCAUCGGUUGUUCCUAGAAGUGAGUGAGAUUUGAACAUUUUACCCUUUCCACUUCUCUGUACUUAGAGCUUUUCUACAGUAAAUGUGUGGUACUUGUAGCAAUAAAAGGGUUUGUUUUUAAUGUUC